UCAUCUACCUUAUUCAGUUGUUCACCAUGGUUGUCCUUUCUCCAGGUUCCACCAUAGUAUUAAUUGUUGCUGGAUUAGACAUUGUGUUCGGAACAACUUUUACGAUGCCUUCAAUCUUAGUCAGUGUUGUACUUUUAGCGUAUAUGUCCGUCUGUAUGUUUACUGACACAAAAUUCCAACUCAAAGUCACCACUUUAUUAAUAUUCAUAUUAGGUACUGCUGUUACAUGUGUCUUCAUAGGUGGUGUUGCCUAUGUUAUCAUAGACUUUGCGAGAGAAACAGAAUCGAAAUACCAGCAAUUAAGUGCACAUUAUGUGUUAAUCAUCCUCUUGUCCAGUGUUUUCUAUGCCGCCAUUUUACAUCCACGCGACUGUUGGAUGAUAUUUCUUGGUGUUUUCUACAUGUUUAUGAUUCCAACCAUGCAAAUUUUGCUUCCGGCUUACUCCCUCAGCAACAUUGUUGAUCAAAGCUGGGGGACGAGGGAUGGCAACAAAGCCACCGUUCCGAAUCUGGUUUGUUUCCCCAAAAUCCGUAAACGUCGAAAAAAGAAAAGGAAGAAAAAGGAAGAUAAAAUUCCCGCAAGUUUGAAUUCUCCCCCUCUUAAUUGUGAAGAUGAGUGUGAAGAUGAUGUCGAAUACAAAUUCUGGGAGUUUCUACUAGAAUCCACCAUAGGUGCAAAGGCGAGGAUGGGUACACCAAAGCCGGUAAUAGAAAAAAAACUCCGGAGGUUUCGCCUCAAAUGUAUUAUCGGAUUUUUGGUGUGUAAUACGAUCUGGAUGGCCAUCCUUGGAUACCUCUUCGCAAGCGCUCCAAGCGAAGUGUCUAGCUUGAAUUUAUUUGGCAUAAUCAAUACGUCUCUAUUCGGGAUUUCGCUCAUCGUUCAACUGACUGGAUUGACGGUUCAUCGAACCCAAGACACUAUCGAAAGUGUUAUACGCAAAUCGAAUAUACACUCAAACCGACCCGAAUGGAUAAUUACAAAAGACGAAAAACUUGAUGAUGCAAGAAAGGAAAGUGAAAAGUAAAUUAAAGAAAACAAAAAGUAGAUAGAAAACAAAUAAAAGAAAAAAAAUCUUGGAAAAAAUUGCAUAAAGUUUUUAAAUAAAUAAAAUAAGACUAUUCUAAAACGAGGUAGCAGCGCCCAUGUCGGAGCACUGUCUCCAAAAGUUUCAGUCGAUCACAUCAACCUUAUUACUCGUUCCAGUCAAGUAUUUAUUUCAGAGAUCUUUAUUGGUUGGAAGACUAAAUAAGGUAUUUUAAAACGACACCUUUUAGUACACCGGGAGCUUAUGACUGCGAAUCCAAAUUUGUAAGCACAUUCUCACAUGCUUCCCUCAAUUUACAUGCAAACACAUAAAUUAUACAUAUUAUGCUAUUCUUUUAUACGUUUUAGCGAUGCUGUUGCGAUCAUUCUAGAGCACCAUCGUAAAUUUGUACCCUUUCCACAGACCUCCUCUGUGGCUGGUUUCUACUGGGGUGGGUGGGAUUUCAUAUUAACUUUUGUAUGUGCUUUUUACCUGGUGAUUAGAGCAUUAGGUGUAUAAUGGAGUUUGAUACCACUGCCCUCGUCUAUACUUCCUGCCGGGACCGUCGACUCGUCUGGGAACGGGGAUAGGAGAAUGUCCAAUUCCGUUUUCAAGUCAUCCACAUCCACAUUGUAUAGGUUUCUUGUAUAGCCUGUCAUGUUUAGAGAAAAUGACAGUGUCACAAGCAGCCUUUGACUUUCUCUAUUCAAGGGUUUUUAAACCAAUAUUUACAAGCUAUUAUUUAUAGCUCAAUCUACUUCGAGUUCCACCAUGUUCCUGCUUAUAUUCUUUUGUGAAAAACAAGUUGACACACACAAUUUCUAAGGGUUUAUAUACCGGAAUUGUACCAUUGUCAAAGCAGAAGUUACAAAUCCAAUAAUAACAAAUGUAGCAAAAAAACUGUCACACCUUGGGCCUACUUAACAAAAGAGAAACACCUUCAACCUUGUUUACAAAGUUCUACAUGCAUUGAUAAAUUCUAAACAAUAACACAACUCCAAAUUUAAUCAAAAUUUCUCCAAAAGACCUCUCCUGAACAACGAGUCCU